AUGGAAAACCGAACCAUAUUGUCUGAAUUGUUUCUAUCUGGGAUUUCGGAUCUUCCAUAUCUUCAGCUCCCCCUCUUCCUGCUCUUUCUCCACAUUUAUUGUAUGACUCUGCUUGGAAACGUCCUUAUUAUCCUCCUUGUCGUCAUUGACUCGCACCUCCACACCCCCAUGUACUUCUUCCUUGGAAAUCUGGCUUUUCUAGACUUGUGUUCUUCUUCCCUCACCACUCCCAGAAUGCUCUUCGACCUCAUUACCAAUAACCGAAAGAUUUCUGUCCCGGCCUGCCUGACCCAAGUUUUUUUCUUCAUCUUUCUGGCCACCACUGAAAUCCUCUUAUUGGCCGUCAUGUCUUACGAUCGAUACGUCGCCAUCUGUCGACCUCUACACUACGUUCAGAUCAUGCAAUGGAAGACUUGUGUCCAGUUUGCUGUCGGUGUUUGGGCUCUCAGUAUGGUGUACUCUCUGGCACACAUACUCGUUACGCUGAGGCUGACAUUUUGUGACUCAAACAUUGUCCAAAGUUUCUUCUGCGACCUGUCCAAGCUCUUCCAGAUAUCUUGCACGGAUGUGUUCAUCAACCUCUUGACCAUCUUUCUCCUCGGUGGACUUUUUGGACUGGUUUUUAUACUUAUGACCUUCAUCCCGUACAUCACGGUAUUCUCAACGGUGAUGAAGAUUAAAGAGAAGGACAAGAGGUUCAAGGCUUUCUCCACCUGUUCCUCUCACCUGACUGUGGUCUUCAUCUUCUAUGGAACCAUUGUUUUUAAUUAUUUUAGGCCCACCACGGGGUAUCACUUCACAGCUGACAGGUUGGUGUCAGUAUGUUAUACCACAAUCACUCCUCUGAUAAACCCUCUUAUAUACAGUCUGAGGAAUAAUGAACUGAAAGCUGCAAUGCAAAGAUUUAAAAAACAUUUUUGUUCUGGUAUCAAAAAAUAA